UUUGCAGAAAAUGACAUCAGUUGGUGUGCCCAUCAAAAUUUUGCACGAAGCCGAAGGACAUGUCGUGACUCUAGAAACCGUCACAGGUGAGGUAUAUCGCGGUAAGUUGUUGGAAGCUGAGGACAACAUGAAUUGUCAAAUGGCUGAAGUAUGUGUCACAUUCCGAGAUGGUCGAACCCAUCAGCUUGAUAACGUUUUUGUGCGAGGAAAUAAGAUCCGUUUUAUGAUAUUACCGGAUAUGCUCAAGAAUGCUCCUAUGUUCAAAAAUAUUGGUCGAGCUCAAAAGGGUGCUAUUGGUAUGGGUAUGGGAGGCGAUCCAAGAGGAGGUCGUGGCGGCCGAGGAACAUCGUUCCGUGCAAGGGGCGCUGGAAUGGCUCGAGGCGCUGUUCGUGGCGCAGUCCGUGGAGGUCCGGCAGGUUUCCGAGGGUAGCGAAUCUUACCGCUGGAUGUCAUCUGAGUUAUUUCCAUCCGUUGUGUUUUCAAUUACGUCGUUAUAUGAGUUGAGUUGUUGUCGGCGAUCUCUAAGCUGUCGUUAUUGUAUUUUUCUCUGUAAAAUAUCUUAUGUUGUUCAUGUUAUGCGGAGGAAUUAAAUAUUGCCUAAC